AUGUCCUCUGUAGUAGGAAUAGGAGGAAAUAAAGGACAAGUUAAUUAUUCUGCAUCUAAAGGGGGAUUAAUUUCUUUUAGUAAAUCUUUAUCUAAGGAAUAUUCAUCAAGAAAUAUUACUAUUAAUGCUAUUGCCCCUGGAUUUAUACAAUCUAAUAUGACAGAUAAGAUGACACCAGAGGCAAAGGCUGGUACUCUAUCGACAAUCCCUGCUGGUCGCCUUGGCACACCACAAGAGGUAGCUAACUUAGCUGCCUUCUUAGCAUCAGACCAGGCCUCUUAUAUUACUGGCAAAGUUAUACCUAUUGAUGGUGGCAUGCUAUUCGGUUCCAACUAA